AUGGCUAGAAGGAAUGGGAAUGGACGCUUGAGUCUGUUGAAAGAUCAUUCUGACGAUGACGAAGAUAUUGUACCUAGAAGAAGUAGGAAUGCCGUUUCUUACAAUGAAGAGGAACCUAAUGGUUUCGAAUCUGAUGAAGAAGAUAUCAAGACCAAGAAAAAAACUCAAUAUAAAUUCACUAUGGAUGAUGAUGAUGAUGAAGCAGAAGAGGCAGUCGUGGAUGAUAUUCCGGAAGUUAAAAGUGGGUCUGAUAAGGAUGACGAUGAUAUCGACGAUCUCUCUGAAUCUUCUGAAGAAGUAGACCCUGCUGCUGACAAGGAAGAUGAUUAUGUUGACGAUGAGGAUGAUGAUGAAGAUGCAAUGCCCAGUCGUCGGAAAAGACGAAGAAAUGGAGGUUCAUCGUCUAGAAACCGUCGUUCCCAAAGCAAGAUUGGAUCUGACGAAUCUGACUUUAAAGCUGACAGUGAAGAUGACGAAGAUAGUGAAGUGUAUGAUGAUUUUGUAGAUAAAUUACAAGAAAAGAGGUUUGUUGCUACAGACGAAGAAGAAGGUUCAGAUAGUUACCUGUACAGUUCACAUAGACCAAACAAGAGAGCGAAAAGAAGCAAGAGUCGGUCGAGGUCGAGAUCUGUGGAACCGGGUAAAAGAGGUGGACGUACUACACGAGCGUCUCAACGUGCUGAAGAAAGAGCCAAUGAAAUUGAAGACGAAGACGAUGAAGAAGAAGAAGACAGUAUACAAAAGGAAAUUCAAGAAUUGUACGAUUCUUCUCCAGAAUCCACUCCAGUUAAACACAAACUUAGAGAAAGAGGUACCAAGAUUGACUAUACUAUACCACCUCCGUUAAACCCAGACAACCAGAACGAAUUUGCAUCAUAUAACAACACAGCUGCCAUUGGUGCAACAAACUCCACGUAUAAACCUAGAGGUAGAGGACGCGCCCCAGCUAGUAAAAGUGAUUAUAGAAAGAUUCUUUUCCCCACUGCUGGUCCAUUUGGAGGUAGUGAUGUAAUUUCAUUAUUUGGGAAGAAUAUUCCACCAGGUGGUAUCCCAAUCGAAGGGAUGACAAAUGAUCUGAGUCUUACAGCAAUUGGACAAAAUGCCAGUGAUUCAGAUUCAUCUGACGAGGAAAUUGUGCCAGUAAAUGGCACUGCUACUUUGAAAAAUGGCUCUUCUGGUAGUGGCAACACAAUAAAUCACACAAAACUUAUUACCAGUGGAACUUCUGCGGAUCCAAAAUCCAAAAAGAAAAAUAACUUGAGUGAUACUGAUCCAUUAGGAGUUGAUAUGAAUAUUGACUUCUCUGUUAUUGGAGGACUUGAAAAUUAUAUCAAUCAAUUAAAAGAAAUGGUUGCUCUCCCGCUUUUAUAUCCUGAACUUUACCAAAAUUUCGGACUUACUCCACCCAGAGGUGUUCUUUUCCACGGUCCUCCUGGUACUGGUAAGACUUUAAUGGCCAGAGCCUUGGCUGCUAGUUGCUCUACUGCAGAAAGAAAAAUUACGUUUUUCAUGAGAAAGGGUGCCGAUUGUCUUAGUAAGUGGGUAGGAGAAGCCGAACGUCAAUUGAGAUUACUUUUUGAAGAAGCUAAAAACCAGCAACCAUCAAUCAUCUUUUUCGAUGAAAUCGACGGGUUGGCUCCAGUCAGAUCAUCAAAGCAAGAACAAAUCCACGCCAGUAUUGUAUCCACUUUGUUAGCUCUUAUGGAUGGUAUGGACAAUAGAGGACAAGUCAUUGUUAUUGGGGCUACUAAUAGACCUGAUUCCAUUGAUCCAGCACUUAGAAGACCAGGAAGAUUUGAUAGAGAGUUUUAUUUCCCUCUUCCAGAUCAAAAUGCUAGAAGUGAAAUUUUGCAGAUCCAUACUAGAAAGUGGCAACCUCCUUUACCAGAAGGGUUUGUUGACAAAGUCGCAGGACUCACCAAGGGAUAUGGAGGUGCUGACUUACGAGCAUUAUGUACCGAAGCUGCGCUCAAUAGUAUUCAACGUAAAUAUCCACAAAUUUACCAAACAAAUGAUAAAUUGAAGGUCAACCCACUGAAGGUGAAAGUGAUUGCCAGAGAUUUCAUGAAGGCCAUCGAUAAGAUUGUUCCUUCUAGUGCACGUUCCACCUCAUCUGGAUCUUCCCCAUUAUCUGACCAUUUGAAACCUUUAUUAGAAGACUCUUUUAAGGAAGUUGUACAUAAGUUGGAUGAAUUGCUUCCAAAUACAAUCUCAACAUCCACCAAGAAAAAGCUUUCUACUUUAGAAGAAGCAUUAUAUUUUGAUCCAACAGUAAGAGAUAGUGAUGGUGGAUUUGCCAAACAAGAAUUACUUAAAAACUUGGAAAAUGCAAGAAUUUGUAAGCCACAUUUAUUAAUUUGUGGAGAUCAAGGAAAUGGUCAACAAUAUAUCAGUGCUGCCAUUUUGAAUCAUUUAGAAGGAUUCCAAGUUCAAUCUUUGGAUAUGGGUAACACUUUUGGAGAUGCCAGUAGAACUCCUGAACUGAGUAUAGUCCAAGCUUUUAUUGAAGCUAGAAGACACCAACCAGCGGUUAUUUUCAUUCCAAACAUUGAUAUUUGGUUCCAAGUGGUUCCACAUUCUGCCAAGGCUACAUUGACUGGAUUGUUGAGAUCUCUUAAUAGUAGUGAAAAAAUUUUAUUAUUGGGUGUUGCAGAGACAACCAUGGAACAUUUGGAUGAUGAUAUCCGAUUGAUUUUUGGAUUCAAUAAUAAUGCUAAUAAUGUCACUCUUCAUGAUCCUUCAAGGGAGAAAAGAGCAAAGUAUUUUGAAGCAUUACAUAAAACUUUAUUGAUGAAACCAUGGGAAUUUAUUAAUGAUUUAACCAAUAGACCUAAAAGAAAGUUGAAACAAUUAAAAAUUGUCCCAGCUAUUAAUAGUGUUCCAGAUGAAAUUGCAGAAAAGAAGAAACAAAAGGAAAUUGAAUAUCAAGAUACAAAGCUUAAGAAUAUACUUAAACUUAAAUUGGCAGGCUUGAUGGAUUUGUUCAAGAAUAGAUACAAGAGGUUCCGGAAGCCUGUUAUCGAUGAAUCUCUUUUGUACCAUUUAUUUGAACCAGCAGUAUUGGAUAACCCACUCAAUAAUUAUGAGGUCUUGUACGAGAAGUCUGAUGAUCCAAAACAUGAAAACAUGAUUAGAGAAAUCUCUACUGGAAGAUACUACUACAAUAUGGAUUUGGAUAUUAUUGAAGAAAGAUUGUGGAAUGGAUACUAUUCAGAACCUAAACAAUUCCUUAAGGAUAUCAGAAUGGUCGUCAAAGAUUCUAUCACUAUUGGUGACAGAGAAAGAAUUCUCAAGGCCAAUGAAAUGUUGACUAAUGCUCAAUUUGGAAUUGAUGAUUUUAGUACUCCAGAAUUUUUGAAUUCAUGCAAGGAAUUAAGAGCUAGAGAAAUUCUUAGACAAGAAAAGAUUGUGGAAGAACAUAAGAAGGCAGAAGAAGAGUUUAAGAAGAAGCAAGCAAUGAAUAUUGAGAAUUUACUCACCAAUGAAUCUCUUGACCUGCAACCAAUUGAUGUUGAUGCUACACCAAUCGAAUCGAACGGACAUACCAAUGGAGAUGUAAAGAUGAAGGAGCCCGGUGAAGAAUCCGUGGAAGUACUUAAAGAAGAAUUUUCCAAGAAAGAAGAAGAAGAAGAAGUGUCAAAGGAAACUACAAAUGAAGACUCUUCAGUAGAAGCAGUAGCAUCAAAGCAAACUACAAAUGAAGAAUCGUCAACAGAAGUAGUACCUUUGAAGGAAGUACCAAUCGCAGCUGCAGAAGUAGAAUCAGAAUCAGAAUCAGAGAUAGAAACUGAACCUGAACGUGAAGAUAAAGAAUUGGUAGUCGAUGGUCGUAUUAAUGAAUUCUUCACCACAUUAUUGCCGGAACUCACCGACAAUUAUGGAGUUGAAAAACUUGAAAUUGUGAUGGCUAAGUUCAUGGACAUUGUUUGGAAUGACCGUGCCAAUUGGGACAAGCGGGAAACCAUUCUGAAAUUGAUUGACGCUGCAAAGGAGUUCAUGCUCACCCUCAACUAG